CUGGCGGGCUGAUUCAAAACACAAACAAGAUGGAGUUGAUAUCUGCGUUGCAGUUUCUGAAGAUAGAUGAAAUCCCACAAGCGUGGGUGGAUGAAGUUUGGGACUUGGAGUUCACAGAGAGAAAAUCACUGGAUGACGCCAUAGAAGAAGAACUGGCAGCCAGUGGAGACAAGGCCUUCAGAAACCUGUACAAGUGUUUACUGGCCCACGCUGCUGACGAGCAGCAGUCUGCAGGCACAGGUGGAGCUUCACAGAGUAUCUGGGCGAAUCUGGGAGAGAAUGGGGUGUCGGUCAAGACUCUGGUGGCCGUGCUGUCCUUCUUUGUCCUGGCAGGAAAAGCCAAAUCGGCCAAUGUCCAGCAGAGAGUCAACGGCCUGCACGCUGCCUCACUCUACCUGCUGCUGCUGGGAAUCCCAGGGAGCAUCGCCAGCAAGGUUUUCCAUGAGGUUUUAUUGGACACGUGUUCUGACUUGACCUCUCACUGCUGGCCUCAGGACUCUGGAAAAAAGCGCAAGAAGGACGGUCUGAAGAGUUCUCAGGCCGAGGGCAAACGCUCCAAACCACAGCGGAAAGACACUGCAGAGAUGGAAGUGGAUGAGGAAGAGGAGGAGGAAGAGGAGCUUCAUUUCUCUGGUCAGGACUUGAUCAAGAUCAGAGAGGCUGUGGUUCUCCUUGUUCAAAGCCUCCUCAGACUGCUGCGCACAUUUCCACUCAAAGACAAACCGCAGACUGCCAACAGCUGCACACAGAUCUUCACUAAGCUGCUUUACUUCGAGCCGGCCAUUGGAGAGCUAACCGUCGCUGCUGAACAAGACAUCACCAAGCUGAGGAGUGUUCCUGAGAUGGCUUUCUACGGCCUGCAGAUGCUCUGCUUGCCAAAACACGGAGACCAGAAAGAAUCCCUGCAGAGGGUUUUCCACCGGCUCCUCUACGUCAUCUUGAUGAUGAAUAAAGGCAACAGAGGGAAGCCCUCCCUCCUCGUGCCCAGCCAAGCCGUCCUCUCCACUCGCGACCAGGCCAUCCAUUUUGUUUGUCACCUUGUGGCUGAGCUGAAGGAGCUGGCGUUACCUUGGCUUCACAUCCUCCUGCAGCAUAUCUGCUUCCAGAUGGUGGAGAAGAACGAGUUUCGAAGCCACGGAGCUCAGGCUGUGGGGAUGCUGACGUCUCAGAUGACGAGCACAGACUACGCCCGCUUCAUCAAGUGGCUGUUUAACUUCUCCAGACACUCAAAGAUGGUGUCCCGGCUCUUCUCUGUGGACGUGGCGAUGGUUCUGCUGGAGCAGCCAGAGAGGAAUCCAGAGGAGAUACAGGACCCGGAGCUGGCCUGCUUCCUGCCACACAAAUUCCUCAUCCAGAGCCUGCUGUUCGCUCGGCGGAUGGACGAGUCACCCACCGUCCAAGGCCACGCCCUCGCCUCUCUAGCCCAGUGCCUGGAGCUGCCGUCACUCAACGUCACCCGGGCCGUCCACAACCUCUUCUCUGCCACUGGAACGCAGACCAUGUUGGAAGGUGAAACCACAUUAGAAAGCCUAAGCUCCCAGCAGACUCAGAAGACGUACCGCAGCCUGCCCUUCAGGACUGUGGAGAUCAGCAGCGCUGACAGCUCUGUCUGUGACGCAAAGGAGAACGUGGCUCUGCUCCUGCGGCGUGUAAAAGACUCUAAGACUAACGUGAGGAAAUCAGCGCUGCAGGCCCUGAUGGGUCUCCUGAAACACGAUGUGAUCCCCAUGAGCUUGGAGAACUUGGCUGUGCUGUCCGAGCGCUGCAGAGACCCGGCGGUGUCUGUGAAGAAAAAGGCCCUGCAGUGUUUGGGAGAGCUGCUCGCUGCCAAACCACAGUGCAGUGUUGUGCAGAAGGCCUGGCUGCUGGGUGUGGUGCCGGCUGUAGUGGACUCUGAGAACUCGGUGCAGGACAAGGCCCUGGAGGCUCUGGACCAGGUGCUGCUCAGCCAGGUCAAGCAGUACUCCGCCAGCAGCCACCUGGAUACCAGUCAGAGGCUGACCUGGGACCUGCUGGGCCUGCUCUGUCACGACUGCCGAAACCUCAGCCGAUAUUUCAGCAGGGCGUUCACCAUCUGGUCCAAACAGAACAAGUUCACGCCGAGGUUCAUCACCAUCCUGAUCUCGCACACCGAGGCUGAGCACGCCGCCGGAGCCUGGCUGCUGCUCUCCAAGGUCGUAGCUUCCUCUCCCAAACUGCCCUACAGCAAGAUCCUGGACGCCUGGGACAGCAUGGUCAGCUCAAAGGACGUCAGUGUGGCAACCUGCUGUCACAUCAUGGGUGUGAUCGGAGACAUCGCUCCACAUUUGAAUGAAGAUACCAAAGACAGGAUUGUCAAUGAUCUGAUGUCCUCGUUGAAGACUUUUACUUUGUCUCUGGAAGUGAUCAGUGCUUCUGUGGAGACUCUUUAUCAGCUCGGCCACAGUGAAGACAUCAAGCAGACUCAGGCUUUUCUGAACCGGCACUGUGGUGAGCUGGUGUCAGCGUGUGAGGCUUAUUUAGCCACCAUCAUGCUGAGUGAAAAAGGAACCGAGAACCUCAACGAGGAGCUGAUGAUAAAACACCUCCACACUCUGGGUGUGGCGUCACUUAACUGUCCCGCCAAGGUCAGCAAAAGGACGGUGCUGCUGGUGGAAUCUGUCCUCACAACACAUUCUGACAAACUGGCAGGCUGCCAGGAGGAGCUGCCCGCCUCGCUGCCUCUGUCCCAGUUCAAAGCAAACUCUCUGCCGACCAGAGUCAGAGCCCACGGAGUCAUCACUUUAGGUAAACUGUGCCUGCAGCAUGAGGAACUAGUCCAGAAGUACCUGCCAGUGUUUGCAAGGGAGCUGGAGGUUGGCACAGAGGUCGCCGUGCGCAACAACGUGGUGGUGGUUAUGUGUGAUCUGUGCGUUCGUUACACCAACAUCGUGGAUCACUACAUCCCCAACAUCUCCGCCUGUCUGCGAGACAAUGAGGCCGUCAUCAGGGAGCAGACUCUCAUCAUGCUGACCAACCUGCUGCAGGAGGAAUUUGUGAAAUGGAAGGGCUCCCUCUUCUUUCGCUUCAUGGUGGCGCUGGUUGACCCAGCCCCUGCCAUCGCUAGUCUGUGUGAAUACUGUCUGCUCCACCUGCUGCUGAAGAAGAACCCAGAGAUGUUCAGCCAGCACUUCAUUGAGUGCAUCUUCCAUUUCAACUCCUACAAAGAACACAAGUCCUACAACAAGUUCCCUCAAAAUGAGAGUGAGAAGGUCCGGUUCUCCUUGAAAGGAGCUCAGCACCGGGAGAAGCGUUUCCGGAUCUACCGCUUCCUGUUGGAGCACUUCACAGACGCUCAACGCUUCAACAUCACCAACAAGAUCAACCACACCAUCUUAGCAUACUUUGCAGACGAAGAGCUGCCUCUGGAUGCAGACGGCGCAGAAAUUUUGUCAGAGACCUUCAACAUCUUGAGCCUGAAGGAGAUGAAGCUGCAGGCCAUCUCUGCUCCAGCAGGAUCCGGGGAGGAACCAGAGGAGGAGAACAUGGCCAACAUGGCUAAGGUUGUCCUGCAGGCCGCUCAGAAGAAGGUGGUGACCCAGGUCGCGAAGAAGGCCUUCAUCGAGAACACGGUUCCUCUCAUCAUCAGCCUGAAGAAUCUGCUGGAGCAGAAACGCUCUCCUGUCCUCAGAGACCUCAUGGCCUACCUGCAGGUGACGAUGCAGGAGUACCGUAAUGAGGUGAAGGAGUUUUUCUCUGGAGACGAACAGCUGGCGGCUGAGGUGGAGUUUGCUCUGAAGUCGGUUGAGAGGGGGAGAGAGAUGGAGGAACAGAUGAAGAACUGCACCCUGACGGGAGAUGCUAAGACUCCCACUGCACAGGGUUCAGUCCAGGGCUCCCCUACCAGGUCCAGGCCCAGGCCCCUCCUCUUGUCAAGCUUUGCCACCCCACAGCCGGCACGUCCAAACCACCCGUCUCUCAGACUGUCACACACUGACAGGCGUACGAACAGAUCCCAACGGGAGCAACACGUCCGGUCGAAGUUGGUUGCUCUGCAGGAAACAGUGAUGCGUAAAGGUGCUGUAGACAAGAGAGCGAUCAGCACACCUAAAGGUGUCAACAUCAACUUAACUUUUGACGAAGGACUAAGCGCAAUCUUCAGUGACCGAGGAACAAGUUUUGGCGGAGAGACCAGUGUUCUUCAUGUGCAGUCGAAAGAGCAGGAAGCUCCUCAUCCCAGGCAGUGGAACGUGGAGUCUCCUCUGCGCCAGAAGAAAAGAUCAUCUAAAGUUUAACUUCAUGUUUUUUUGUUUGUUCUCUGUCUGUUGUACCACUCUAUCUUUGUUUUCGUCCUCAUGAUGUUGAUUCAUAUUCUGCCAUGUGUAUCCUGAAAGUGUCUG